GUUCGACUGCGCAGCCCUGGGAGCUAAUUGCCAUCCCUGCUCGGCAAAUGCAAAAGAAGUUGGCUCUUUAAAAACUGUUGAAAACCUCGGUAAAUCCAUUAAAAAAGCCAUAAAAUGGAACUUCACAAGUGCUAGCAGUUGGCGAAACCUAAGCCGAACGCGUUAGACGUGCUAAAAGUCCAAUGCAUGUUAGCGAACAAGAAGGGCAACUUGAAUAUUUUUGGAAGAAAAUUCAGGACUUUGUCUUAUAAAUGAUACUACCAUACUGACAAGUCCAGCAUCGAUAGCUUCAACCGCUUAUAAUGAAUCCGGCCGAGCUGCGUAUGAUGUGGAUGAGUAGUCAGUACAACUCGGAGCGCAUUACACUGGAAGAUGCGGCCACUCUUCUGGGUCAUCCCACAGUUGGACUUUCUGUCAUGGAGGACCUCUCCGCCCAUCAACCGACUUUGGAAAUGAAUCCGAUGAUGAGCCUGAUGGGGGGGGAUUUCUCUGGUCAGGCGGCAGCGGCGGCUGCGGCGCUGGGUGUUCAGCCGGGCACCCUGAUUGCCACCAACUCAAACAACCUGUACGGAUUCGCUCACAUGGGCGGCCUGCAGCAGCAACUGCUUCAGCAGUCGGCGGCAGCGGCUGUCUUCCAAAACUAUGCUGAGGUUAUGGAUAGCGAUGUGGACACCGGUAUGGUGGGCAUGGCCGCACACGACGGAGCUCUUAUGGGCGUGGGUGUUGGCGAAGCGGUUGUGGAUGAUGACGACCAGGUGUACGGUCAGAUGGACGAUGGCUACGACGAUGGCGGAUCGGGGCUGGAACCAAAACAGGAGAUCAUCAACAUCGACGACUUUGUGAUGAUGAACGAGGACAAUAAUUCUUACGAUGGCACCGACUUCAUGACCUCCUCGGACAAGGAUAUUUCGCAGUCCUCCUCGUCCUGCAUGACACAGUUGCCUGGAGGCUUGGGUGUCUCUGGAGUUGAGCAUGAUCUGCUGGUCCCACUAGCUGACGGCCUGCUGCACCACAAGCUGCUGGGCACAACUUUAGCCCCUGCGAUGGCAACGCUCAAUGGAAACGCCUUUGGCAACAUUAUGGUCAGCUCCGAAGCACCCUGUGUGAGCUCCAGCAAGCAAAUGCAGCGCACGUACAGCAUGGCCAAAGGAGCAAACUCCACCGCAACCACCGCCACCUGCAGUGCCUCCACCUCCUCCGCAUUGCGGUCACAACGCAAGACGCGCAAGAUCGAACCCGUGAACAGGCCGGGACUGGUGCUGAAGACACCCAUCGCCUACAAGGGCAACAUAGACCCUUCGGUGAUCCCCAUACAGAAAGACGGCAUGGCUGUCUGUAAACGUUGUGGAGCCAUUGGAGUGAAGCACACAUUCUACACAAAAUCGAGACGCUUUUGCAGCAUGGCCUGUGCCCGAGGUGAACUUUAUUCGUUGGUACUGAAUAGCAAGAUGGAGGGAGGCCAGGCAAGCACCAGUUCUCCGAUUCCCGCAGCGGGCUCGGAUGCGGUCGAAGAAGUCUUGGCUGGCGAACAGCACCAGUCCCAGUCGGAUAUAGAGCUUGACCUGCAGGCGGCGCACAUUAAGAAUGCCAAUUACCGUUUCCGCAUUACGGACCAAUCGAAGAUUACCCAGUUGAACAGCUUUGGCGAACCGAUGUCCCUAGGUGGCGACGCAGCUGCCAAUAAUGUUCAAAUGGCAGCGAAUGAAACGAUUGCUGCCUUGAAUGGUGGAGCAGUGGGAGAUGCCACGGCUCCGGGAAGCGCCGAGGAAGGAGCAGCCACACCCAAUUCAUAUCUGACCGCAGCUCCGACGCCCAAGGCCCUUCGACUUUUUAAAGACGUUUACCCUCAGGAUGACCUGCCGCAAAUUCCCAAGUAUGAGCGUCUACCAGUACCGUGUCCGCAAAUGGAGAAAAUUAUCAGCAUACGACGGCGAAUGUACGAUCCCACACACUCCUACGAUUGGUUACCCCGCCUCAGCAAGGAGAACUUCAAUGCGGCUCCUGUCACCUGUUUUCCACAUGCGCCCGGAUGCGAGGUAUGGGACAAUCUGGGCGUGGGUAUGAAAGUGGAGGUGGAGAACACCGAUUGCGAUAGUAUCGAGGUGAUCCAGCCGGGCCAGACUCCUACCUCAUUUUGGGUGGCCACCAUCCUGGAGAUCAAGGGCUAUAAGGCCUUGAUGAGCUACGAGGGCUUCGAUACGGAUUCACACGACUUCUGGGUGAACCUCUGCAACGCCGAGGUGCACUCGGUGGGCUGGUGUGCAACUCGGGGCAAGCCCCUCAUCCCGCCCCGCACCAUCGAGCACAAGUACAAGGACUGGAAGGACUUCCUGGUCGGCCGCUUAUCCGGAGCCCGCACCCUUCCCUCCAACUUUUACAACAAAAUCAACGACAGCCUGCAGUCGCGCUUCCGUCUUGGCCUGAAUCUCGAGUGUGUGGACAAGGAUCGCAUUUCACAGGUGCGCCUGGCCACAGUCACCAAGAUCGUGGGGAAGCGCCUCUUCUUGCGGUACUUCGAUUCUGACGAUGGGUUUUGGUGUCACGAGGAUUCGCCUAUCAUCCACCCGGUUGGCUGGGCAACCACAGUGGGCCAUAAUCUGGCCGCCCCGCAAGACUAUUUGGAGCGCAUGUUGGCUGGACGCGAAGCGAUGAUCGAAGUUCAUGAGGACGAUGCCACAAUUGAGCUGUUCAAAAUGAACUUUACCUUCGACGAGUACUACAGUGACGGCAAGACCAAUAGCUUUGUGGAAGGCAUGAAGCUGGAAGCGGUGGACCCCCUCAAUCUAUCAUCCAUAUGCCCGGCCACAGUAAUGGCGGUUCUGAAAUUUGGGUACAUGAUGAUACGCAUUGAUUCCUACCAGCCGGAUGCCUCAGGGUCGGAUUGGUUCUGUUAUCAUGAAAAGAGUCCGUGUAUCUUUCCGGCUGGAUUCUGCUCCGCUAACAGCAUUUCGGUGACUCCUCCGAAUGGUUACGAUUCUCGUACAUUCACAUGGGAGGGUUAUCUUCGGGACACGGGAGCAGUAGCCGCCAGUCAGCACCUAUUUCAUCGUGUAGUGCCUGACCACGGAUUCGAAAUGGGCAUGAGUCUGGAGUGUGCAGACCUUAUGGACCCCCGGCUUGUCUGCGUGGCGACGGUAGCGCGGGUGGUGGGUCGGCUUCUUAAAGUUCACUUCGACGGAUGGACGGACGAAUACGACCAGUGGCUGGAUUGCGAAUCGGCAGAUAUAUAUCCAGUAGGUUGGUGUGUAUUGGUGAACCACAAGCUGGAGGGACCACCGAGGGUUGCGCAGCAGCAGCCACCAAAACCUGCACCAAAGGCUAAGAUACAAAGGAAACGGAAGCCCAAAAAAGGAGCAGUCGGGGGCAAGACACCAAACGACAACAACACUCAGUCGGUUAAAUCACGUACGAUUGCGCUUAAGACCACGCCGCACUUGCCCAAACUAAGCAUCAAGCUAGAGCUGAAGCCGGAGCAUCACAAUGCUGCCUUUUAUGAGAACAAUCAGCCCGAGGAAGAGGGCGAAGAGGAGGAUCCUGAUGCGGAUGGCGAUGGGGACGGAAGCACCAGCCACAUCUCUGAGCAAUCCGCCACACAGUCCUCCAGUGAUCAGAUCGCAGGAUCAGGCAGUGGAAGUGGCUCCACUUCGCUGGUAACUCUAGCCACGAGCAGCAACAAAAUGGUAAUGAAAUCUUCCACUACUAAAUCACCUGCGCCACCAACUGUGGGCCGCAAAGCUACUAGCUACAUUGCGAACUCCUCAGCAACGAAUAAUAAGUACAUUCCGCGUCUGGCCGACAUCGAUUCGAGUGAGGCGCACUUGGAACUGGUGCCGGAUUCGUGGAAUGUGUAUGACGUAUCCCAGUUCCUACGGGUCAACGAUUGCACAGCGCACUGCGAUACCUUCAGCCGGAACAAGAUCGAUGGAAAGCGACUGCUGCAGUUAACCAAGGAUGAUAUAAUGCCACUGUUGGGCAUGAAGGUGGGGCCGGCGCUGAAAAUCUCAGAUCUUAUUGCCCAGCUUAAGUGCAAGGUUAAUCCGGGCAGAGCCAGAUCCCACAAGACCAACAAAUCUCCGUUUUUAUAGUGCCCGGAUUUACAUUUUUUCAAAGCGAAACGAAAGUUAUCACCGAUAAAAACACACUUUUAUACGUGUAUACUAGUGCUUAUGCAUGUAGGAUAUAUAUAACGAAUAUAUAUACUAAUACAUAUUGAAGUAUUUUGUUAGCACUGGAAAUCGAAACACAAACGUUGCCUAGAAUGGAUCAACCAUCCACGAUACAAUUGUAUAACUAACUCAAGUCUCACAGCGCGUUAUUUUAUACCGAUUAUAUCGUAAACCGUAGAUCGUAGCCGUAUGCUCAUGUUAUAUCAGUCAGAGUUCUAUAUCAACAAUUGUAUAGAUAUCAUUGAAUUGGGGACAAAUACAUUUUUUUAAUCACGCGUAUUUUUAUAAAAGUAAAAGUAAAAACAGUGCAUGCAACACACAAUAUUUAUAUAAAUAUACGGGGAUUGUUUAGCAUGGGUUUGUAAAUUGUACAUAAGUUCCCUCGCCGACCAUAGGACCCAAGAAUGUCAUAUUUUAUAUAGAAUCAAGCGAUUGCAAGCAACCCAGGCAGCAUGUCUAGCAUACAUCGUUCACUCGUAAGCCGAGCGAUAGGAAUGCGCUCCUAGUCCGUAGGAUCCUCGAUUACCAGCGAACGCGCUCUCUCUUCGUUUUAUUUCUUUCCGGAAUCACACGUCUCUGCAAGGAGAGCAUUAUUGGUAUAAGGCAUACUUUUGAAGAAGGCACCUUAAUAAUAGAAUAUGUAUCUAGAUAACCAUAAGGUACCAGCUAAUGUCAAAAUACUUUAAUAAAACCGAAUUCAAAAUUGCAAGUAUUGAAA